AUGAGUUCUGAGCCUCAUCGGGCAUUGCUAGUUAAGGUUUUAAAUGAAGCCCAUGUGGCCCAAGAUAUCUCUGUGGAGGGCUUCGAGGGCAUCGUCAACAACAUUACUACCAAUAAUUACCGCACCUUCACUGAUGAGGAGAUACCCUUUGAGGGGCGGGGACAUAAUAGGGCCUUGCAUCUGUCCGUCAAGUGUAUGGACCACAUCGUGGUUAAGGUGCUCAUCAACAAUGGCUCAUCGCUUAAUGUCAUGCCCAAGAGUACAUUGGACAAGCUCCCUUUCAAUGUGUCGUAUCUAUGGUUGAGCUCCAUGAUAGUACAGGCUUUUGAUGGUAGCUACCGGAACGUGCCUUUUAGGCCGGCCUUGGAUUCACGCAGUCGGGGUGGUUCCUUCGACGCUCCACCAAAGGUUGAAGUUUGUGGUGGAAGGGCAGUUGAUCAUCGUUUCGGGGAAGAAGACAUUCUAGUAAGUUGUCCCUCCUCUACGCCCUAUGUAGAGGCCACAGAGGAAUCCAUGGAGAUGGCUUUUCAAUCAUUCAAGGUAGUGAGUAAGGCCUCUAUCGAGUCUCUCCCUGUGCAACCAUGUUCAUCCAGCGCCCCCUUGAUGGUGGCCCGAGUGAUGCUAGGGCAUGGGUACGAGCCCCAAAUGGGCUUAGGUCGGAACGACGAUGGCAUGGCCAGCUUGGUGGAAUUCAAGGAUAAUCACGGAAGGUUCGAGCUAGGGUAUAAGCCCACACACGCCAAUGUGAGAAGAAGCACCCUAGAAAGGAGGGGCGGAAGCAUGGGCCAGCAGCAAGGGCCACAAGUGAAAGAGACUCCUCUUUGUCACAUCAAUGAAAGCUUUGUAAGCGCGAGCCGGAGGUGUGAAGGGCAAGUCACCAUGAUCCACGAUGAAGCCCCCCAAAAGCAUUUGAAUUGGGUAGCCAACAUUGUGCCAGUCCCUAAGAAAGAUGGGAAGGUACGAAUGUGUGUGGACUAUUGGGACCUAAACCGAGCAAGUCCAAAGGAUAACUUUCCUUUGCCGCACAUCGAUGUCCUUGUAGAUAACACAACCAAUUUUGCUUUGUUUUCCUUCAUGGACGGGUUCUCGGGUUACAAUUAG